CAUUUGUUGCAUUCUGUGGGGAUAGAUCGCGAAUUCCUUUGCUCUUCCAUUAUCGGACGGUGUUUUUAGGUUAUUAGAGGAGCGAGAAAUCGGUGAAAAGCAGUGUAAUAUUGAUAGGUGAUAAAACUGGAAAUUUUGCUGAUUACCGCAAACGAAAAAACAUUAAUAGUGUACUUGGAAACAAUUCCUUUUAGUUAAGGAAAAUGUUUUAUUAGUCUCAUUUAUAAAACGAACGACAAAUUUGCAUUGUGAAAACUUGGAUAAUCCUUGACCACGUGUGGCAUCAUCGUCAUGAAGUCAAACGGUCGCUUCCAGUCCGCAAAGAAUCUUCAACCGGCUCGAUCGCUGCGUACUCCAGUCCAAAACCGCCACGGUCCGGGCAACUAUGGUCUACCAGUGGAACCGACAAACGCGUAUCAGCAGCAAAGCACCUAUCAACCAGGUUUUAAUGGUAACGGUGGGGGAGGUGUUUACGGCACCAAUAAUGGCUAUCGGUCACCGCCAUCGGCAUCAGUGACAAAUGGUUUCAGAGGACACAAUAACCACAACAACAACAUCGGUAAUGGCUUCCCGGCAGCGAAGGGUGGUCAAGGUCAUCGUCGCCACGAUGUACUCCGCUCACCCAAUACCAGCUUCGGAAGCAAUGUUAGCUUGGCCAGUAGCGGCAGCGUUAAGGAAAUUCCGACUAUUGUCACGUUCAGCUCUAUCUCGUUGCAAGUUGGAUCCAUUCACGAGAUUUACGUUUCGUUUGUCGAAAAUGGACCAAAGCUAUUCACGGUUCAACUGAAGGCCAAGGAGAACUCGCUCACUAAGAUGAUGGGAGCGCUGGAACGGAUCUCGUUACGAAAUCUCAUUCAUAAGCCUACGCUGGGAAUGGCAUGCAUUGCUCGGUACUCCGAGGAUAAUGUGCUGUACAGAGCUUUAAUCAUGAGAAUUAAUGUAGACUCUUGUCUGGUGUCGUACGUAGACUUUGGUAAUUCGGAAAUAGUUGAGUUCAAGAAUCUGUACGAAAUUCCCCAAGAGUUCCUUAAGAACAAGGUAUUCUCGAUGAGAUUUACGCUGUCGAAUGUAAAAACCCUGGAAGAUACCAAUGCAGAUAUUGCAGGAUUAUUUUCCUCUUUGGUGGUCAAUAAGGUGCUUAGCAUGAAGGUGAUGCCGCUUGAGGGACCAGCUUUCGUACAGUAUUGCGAGCUAUACGAAAACAAUGAGAACAUAUUUGAAAAAUUGCUCAACCUCUGCAAGUCUAAACCGCUCAAGUAUCCGGCCGCUAUCACAUUGAAUCGUGGCAGUAACUGCAUGAUUAUCAUUCGAUACAUUGAGUCAUGCCGGCAGUUCUAUGUACAACCGUUGGAAAAUGUCGAAUGUUUCGACAAAUUGAUGGACCAGUUGGCGGACUUUUGCCGCAAAAGCUCGACAUUCAAUGUGAUGAAUAUUGGAGAUACAUGUGCUGCCUGUCUGAGCGAUGACGAGUGCUACAGAGCAGAGGUUGUAAGCGUUGCGGGCAGUAAGGUCAAAGUUCGUCUUGUUGAUUACGGAAAUACCAUCAUAAUUGAGAAGAGCCAGGUUAAGCGUCUGACGCCGAAAUUCGUCGAGCAGCAACCGCAGGUCGUUAAGUGUUGCUUGGAAGGAUUUCAGGAAAUAAACGACGACAAUCUAUCGACUGCUCAACUGGAAAUGUUGGGUGAGAAUGAAAUUGGUGAGAGGAAACAAUUCAGACUGAUCGUCUCCGAUGUUGUCAAUGGAAUUGCGAUCGUUAAUCUGGUGGAUGAAGCCAGUAUUCCCGCUCUGAACAUUUCCAAACGACUGCUGAAGCUGAACAAUCCGGCAAAGUUCAUGAAAGAGCAGAUGCAGCAACAGCAGAAGCAACAAACCGCCAGCAAACCUCCAUCAGUCUUCCAUUCAUCUCCCCCAUCGGUGGCACACCAAGCACCGUUGUUGCCGACCUAUCAGGCCCCACCGGUAGCUAUUCAUCCACUGAAUCCAUUCCACUCGUCAUCGACCAUAUCGGAAGUUCCGAAUCUGUCGCAAACAACUCCACCGAGAAUGGCAGAAAGCGAAGUCAUUGAUCUGACCACUGACGAAUGGCCAGGAGCCAAUGUUCAACCACUUGGGCAUCACAGUUCUGGCUAUGAGGAGCAACAUUAUCUUAACAGUGGAAGUAAUAGCAAUGGAAGCAACCGCGCCGGAGUGGCAUCAAGUAAUCGCAGCGGACGCGACAGUAUGAACACUAGCCGUGAUGCCAGCCAGAGUAGCAGUGGUUUUGGCGGUACCAAAACGGAUCGCUUUAAACGACCGGACAUUCCGCGUUUCAGUAACAGAAAUCAAACGCCGUACUUCAUCGAGCAUGACGAUCGAUGUGAUAAUCAAAAUAACUACGAUCAGCUGGAGAAAGGCCGCAGUCGAGAUAAGCCCGUUGCGGUGCAACGCAAUAACCGUCACAGCGGAAGUGCAAGCGGAAGCGAGUCUGGAUUUAAACAUCAAUCUGGAGACAGAGCUAACUACUCUCAGGACAAUUGGAAGUCAUCUACUGUUAGCAUAGAGUCCACCGAGGAUUACGUAGCGUACGACUUCGCCUUUACCGAGCAGGUGAUUCCCAUGAAUACGAAAGUCGACAUCAAGCUAAGCUGGUGGACUUCGCCGGAGGAGUUCUACGUUCGCAUGAAGGAUGAAGAGAGCAAAUUCGAGGACAUGAUGAAACAGAUUGAAAAAUUCUACCGAAACAAACCGGCUCUGAGCGAGGUUCCCCCUGUUGGCUCAACGGUGAUUGCCCGCUAUCAAAAGCACAACACAUUCUACCGAGCGAAGAUACUUAAGUAUAACGAAUCGCUCGGCAAGAUCAAAGUGGAGUUGGUUGAUUGUGGCAACCGAGCAGUCGUGACGAAUUCUGACCUGUGGAAACUGGAGCGCCGGUUCGUGAAACUGCCUAAGCUAGCCAUUCAGUGUACGUUGGAUAACAUUAAAAUCAACUGUGACGUCAAGGAGCUAGUGAACAAGAUCAACAAGUACAUCAGCAACGAUCAACCGGUCCAGAGCGUUUUCUUAGACAAGAGCGAGGAUAAGUAUCUGUGCGAUGUGGAAACGCAAGGAGUAGAUCUCAAGAUGGCACUUUUGAAGGACAAUUUGAUUGCGCAGAUUUUAACUGACAUUGAUCUCAACCGACUGAAGGGCCAAACUCUCAAGCUGAAGUUGGUGGAGAUGAAAAGUCUGGACCAAUUCCGAGUAAAGAUCCUCGGUCACGAUGCAAUUCUCAAUUGUCGCAACGUAGAGUCCGCAGGGUACCAACAAUCGUUGGCGGAUGAAAUUCAGUCCAAAUGGUUGGAUCAGUACUGCUUUGGUCAGAUCGAAGAUGUAUCAAAUGACGAGAGAUUGAUACUGACGCUGCUGAUUCCACCUUUCUCCAGCCAGGCGCAACCGACGAUCGUUGACAUGCCGAUUCUACAAAGCAAGUUCAUCGUUAUGGUCACGUACGUACACGAGGUGAACUGCGUCUGCGUUCAGAACACCAAAUGGGCUGACGAAAUCGGAAUGCUUCUGGACGAUAUGUACGAUUACUACGAAAAAAGUGGCGAAGUGAUCACCAAUCUCCAGAUGAACGAGCUAUGCGCAUCCAAAUCAAAAGAUGGGAAUUGGUACCGGUCGAAAAUUAUCUGUCUGCAAGAAAUCGAUAACAUUGAGGUGCUUUUCGUUGACUACGGUAAUCAGGAGCGGGUCAAACAUGAAGAUCUGAAGGUGUUGGAACCGCAGUUCCACGAGUAUAGUGCCUUUGCCCACAAGGUGUAUCUACCGAUGACUUGCCUAAACGAAGGGGAGGAAGAUAAGCUCAAGGUGGAAAUCUCCAAACUAUCCGGAGAGUAUGAGAUGGAGCUGAAAGUGCUGGACUAUAGGAACGGUAUCUGGAUCGUUGAUAUCACGUCCAACGACUACAGCAUCGUGCAGGCGCUGAAGGACAAGCAACUUGCGAAGGACUUGGAUCACGAAGAGAUCGUGAAUAGGAAGACAACUGUGAUUGACAGUACGGAGAUUACCUCGUCAGGUGGCCAACCGGAGGCAGGAGAGGAGGAACAAAUAAACCAAAAAUUACAGGCUUCCAUAAGCCACGUGGACAAUCCGAAUCAGUUGUUCUUACAAAUGAAUUCCGAUUUGGAAGAUUUACAUCAGCUGCAGGAAAAUUUGCAGAUCAUUGCACAGGCCUUACCAUCGCUGAAGGAUUUCUCAGUGGACCGUUACUGUAUCGCUCCAUACUCAGCGGAUGAUUUGUGGUACCGUGCCAAGAUCAUCGACAGUCACGAUGAUUUGAUUAUCCAGUUAAUCGACUAUGGCACUAGUGAUGUGAUAACUAGUAAUAAGAAACACGAACUGAAGGACGUUAACGAAAGUUUGAUGAAGUUUAAGAUUUUUGCGAAGCAGUGUUCUCUGUUGGUUGGGCCAGCUAUGGGAAAGAGCUGGAGCGAAGAGGCUACCAUGAUUCUGCGAGAACUGAACGAGGUGGACGUCCAAUUCCUAGUGGAAUGUGAAGGAUUGAAUUACAUCGAAUUGAAAAGUGGAGACCGUGAUUUGGCAGAGGAACUUAUCGCGAAAAAACUUGCUGAAACGAUGGAAUACGUUCCAUCGGGACAACUUUGUUUUACGAGUCACACUGAAUCGAUUCGGGAAUUUUAUUUACAACUAGAGCGGGACAUACUCCAGCUGGAUUCUCUCGUAGAUUAUAUGGCGAAGUUUGAAGAAUUCCCGUGUGUACCACAACCCACUGUUGGCUCGAUCUACGCAGCAGAGUUCCCGGAUGACGGUCUAUGGUACCGUGCUCAGAUCUUGAGCAUUCUCGGAGAUCAAAGCUUUGAAGUCUUCUUCCUUGAUUACGGAAACACGUCGGUGGUUACUAACGUGCGAGCACUGGAAAAAUCCGUCGCUGAAUUACCGCUACUUUGCACCAAAUGUAUUCUAAGACUUCCCGACGGUGUCAAGAUGUGGUCGGACGAGGCUGAAACGAAGUUCAAGGAAAUUGCUGACAUGGGAAAAACGGUGUUCACGGUUCAGCUUCAUAGUCCCGGACUAGCUGCAACCGUUGAUCUCUUCCUCGAUGGAAAUAACAUCAACGAGCAGUUACUCGAUCUUUGCGAAAAGGGCUCAGUCAGUGUGAUGAACUCGAGUUUCUAUCUGAACGAAGAGAAAACUCUUGAUAACAGUUUUCCAUCGGAGGGAUUCGUUAUCGUCAGCCACGUCAAUUCGCCGGCUGAUUUCUACAUUCAAUUCAAGGACUCGUUCAACGCUCUCAAAAACAUGGAGGAACUUCUAAUGAUCACAGCAGCACAGAGUGAUCGGAUGGUUCAUGAAGACGUUGUCGAAGGAAUGUUCUGUGUGGCUUAUUCCAAGGCCUACGAUAAGUACCACCGGGCUCAGAUAGUUUCAAUCGGCAGUCACCAGUACAAGGUGCUUCUAGUCGACCACGGCUCCACCACAUUUGCCACUGAGCUUCGGAAAAUGCCCGUAGAAAUCAAGCAGAUUUCCGUACUGGCUAAGAGAUGUUGUCUCGAAACCUAUUCCCUCGAUUCUAGUACGCUGGAAGUGGCGAAGCAACGGUUCGUAGAACUGAUCAAAUUGGCCAGUUCGUUUUCGUUCGAAAUUGUCCGAAACGACAUCGAACCGAACAUCGUUCGUCUCUUCACCGAAGACGGACGCAAUGUGGAGGAUUUGCUCGAAUGCGAAGAUGAGGAACAAACUCUCAAAGCCCCGACGGCAUCGAAAAUUCUGCCUCCUCCCACACCGGCCGAUCUGACUAAAACGUUGCACCGCGCGAAACCGAAGCAGGCCUUCUUCCGCGAGAAAAGUGAUCUAGACUUUAACGUACUAAGUUGAAACGACAAAUGAGACGAACCAAAAUUUAAAACGAGAUUGUUGAUAUCAAACGAAAAUUAUCCAAAAAAGAAGUUAAUAAUUCGAAUUUUUAGGCUGUAAGGAACGACCGUCAGGAAACCCUGAACUUAUUAUUUAGUGAAUGGAUCCCUCAUAAGCGAUUGAAUUGUUCUUUUAGUUGUUUUUCUUCUUCUUCUUUUUAAAUGACGUUCAAUUGCACAUUGUUACUCAUUUAUUUAUUCACCUGCACUCGAAGUUGUUACAUUUUUAAUUGGAAAUUAUUACCACGAUAAACAGUCAAAAUCAAUAAACGUCCAAAGGAGGAACAAAAUGUUUCCUUAAGGCCUAAAUAACACGGCAGAGGCCUUAUUUAUACUCUUAAAACACCUGUUAACCGAACUGAUCUUAUGAUUUCUAGCUAGUAUGUAACGUAAAAUGCCUUUUAGAAUUAGAAAGCAAGCAGACAUACGAUUCCUUCAACCAGUUUAUAAAGUAGUAUUAUAAACAAAAAGAAAAUCACAAAUCAGUGCGUAACAUUUCAAAAAGGCAUGGCCUUUGUGGAUUUCCUUUUCGUCCUUUUUAAAUGGUACGCAACAUUUCGACGCGUAGGGGUGUACUGGAGGUGAAAAUGAACAAUUAUUGACGUUCUUUUGAACUGAAACAUUUUAGUUAUUCUGAAGAAUUCUGUCAACGCUGCUAUAAAAAGAAAGUGUUUAUUUUACCUCUAGUGCCCCUCCUCACUUGUAUUCUACGUAAAGCAAUAAGAAAAAGAAACAUCGUUGUGUCACAGUAACACCACACAAAUAGAACAAAAAAAAAUUACAUGCAAUGCAUAUACGAAAUGCCUUAACUGAAUAUUUAUUAUAUUUAAUAAAAAUAAAAAUGA